AUGAAGGAGUUUGCGUUUUAUAGACAGAGCCAGUUAUCCGUGCUUCAGAGGGAAGGGAGAAGCUCCGCAAGCUUAGACCAAUGUUCGUGGGACGAUCUGGCGUACGAAAGGGAGAUACAUCAGUGUCAGCGAGGUUGCAGGAGGUGUAAAGCGGAGUCGCAGUACGAAGACUGUCGCAUCGAAAAGGGGCAAGAGGACGAACAAGCAGAAGACAAGGAGCCAACGAGAUCCACCGCAGGUGUUUGGUCUGAGACUCACUUGAUCGGAUCCGAUUUUACACAUAAAAUUCUUGAGCUUUCCUCUGAGAGGGGACGCGUUCUUUCCACAAAUCGGCUACGAUGGGCUAGGAGCGGAACAGGUUGUAAAUGGAGAGUGGUGGAUAUGGAUGAAGCUUGCGAGCGGUUAUGUUGCAAGUGGUCCUUCGGGAGCCGGGGUUCUUCUAGUUGGAUGCCGAGGAGUGCCGGAGCCGAGCCCGAAGCGGGAAGCUGA